UGAGACAGUUCACUUCCGGUUUAGGUUACAUUAGGUAUCUGUAAGCUAGGUGUAUGUGUGCAGAUAUACUUUUUGAGAGUGCUCUCAAAAAACGAAAGAUUCAGAAGCCAAAGUUUUAAAAGUGUGAACUGAAAAAUACAAGCUAAAGGAUAUUUCUUUGUGGUUCAGAAGAGUUGCUCAACUUUGAAAAAAUGGCAAAAUAUAUAGCAGAUCCGAUGGAAGGAUUCAGACUUGAGGAUUUGAUAAGUAAAGAUGGAGUUACCUUUGAAAUAGGACAAGAUCAUAUUGAUAAUAAUGAUGAGGAUGAUGAAGAAUUUUCAUAUUCUCCAUAUGUACAAUACAGCAAUGAAGAAAUGCUAAAUAUGUUAAACAUGAAUGGUUUUGAAGAUGAUGAUAAUGAUGAUGAUGAAAAUGGAACUGUAUCCCUUUGCGGUAUUAGUUUUGAGAAGUUAAAAGCGAAGAUGACAAGUAUAACCACAAAUCAAAAAGUCAUGAAAUUUGUUAAGAAAAAAGGUGUUGGAGAGAUUGUACCUAGUAAUGCUCAAAUUGUCGUUCAUUAUAUUGGAUACUUUGAAGACAGAGAUGAACCUUUUGACUCAACUUAUUCUUCCGGAAGGCCAAGAACAUUGCGUUUAGGCCAAGAUUAUAUUAUACCUGGUUUAGAGAUCGGCAUAAGUACUAUGCAGAAACAUGAAAUAGCAGUAUUCUUGAUACAUCCUGAUCUUGCUUAUAAAGCUCUUGGCUGUCCGCCACGUAUUCCACCAAAUGAGGAAGUGGUAUUUGUUGUCCAUUUAAUUAAUUAUAUUGAUGAUGGUUCUGCAGAAAAUUAUCAAAAUCUUAAAGCAGAAGAGAGGCAGUUGUUUAAAAAUGUGGUAGAACCUGUGACACACAUGCUUACAGCUGCUAAGUAUACUUUUGAAAAGUAUAAUUUCAAACAAGCCAUACAUAAAUAUAAAAAAAUUAUUGAUAUCUUAGAAAAUGUGCAAUUAAAAAAUAGUUCAGAGGAAAAAGAAAUGAAUGAAUUGCUUUCAAAAGCAUCUACUAAUCUUGGAAUAUGUUAUAACAAACUGGACUUACCACGUCUUGCCUGCAUUUAUUGUAAACGAGUGCCAAUACCAUCAGCUAAAAGUUAUUACAAUUUUGGAAAAGCUUUGUUGAGUCUUGGAGAUUAUACUGACGCAAUGAAACAGUUACAAAAAGCUUAUGCAUUGCAGCCGGAUAAUGAAACUAUUAGAAAACUAAUUCAGCUAACGAAUGUGAAACAGCGUGAAUAUCUGGAAAUCGAGAAACGCUUGUGGAAGAACUGCUUCAAGUUUGGAGAAGAACAAGCAAAUAAACAAAUAAAAACUAAUGAACUUCGAAAAAUCAUUAAAGAUUUAUGUGAAUCCGUUAGCACUAGUAAAGAUGUAACAAGACAAGCUCUUCCUGAAGGUCUUACAGAAGAAGAGUACCAAAUCAUACAAGAUGAAAUUGCUGUAUCAGGAUUGAAUAUUGUUACAUCUUCAAGAUAUGGCAAAGAAAUUAUGUACGUUCAAAAGAGUAACAUAAAAUAAGUUCUUGUUUAUUCAAAUUGCAACAUCAUGGAAUUUCAAAUACUAUAUUAGACUAUUAUAAGAUUUUUUGAGCGAUUUUGAAUUUUACUUGAUUAUUUGGUCAACAUAUCUCUUUCUCUCUUGCAAUGCUCAAGUUUUUGAUGAAUACAGAAAGUUAUUGGAAAAAUUUACAGAAUAAUUUAUGCAAGAUAAAUAAGUCUCUUUAUAAGAAAGUUCCUAGUAUUUUUAAUAUUUUGUAUCCUUAAUAAUACAAUUAACUUGAUUUUACUUUACUAUUAUUUCACUUAUAAAAUCUCUAUGCCAAAGGAAAAAUAUAAUAAUUAAAUUUUUUUACACACAAAAAUAGAAUUUA